UUCGAGUUUGUUAACGCAAAAAUCAGUUAAACGUACAUGUCUAGACUGCACACUGCAUCAAAAGCACAGUAGAUUACCCCUUUCGAAAAGCUCAGCAUAUGCUUCCCGCAUCUUCGGCUUAUCCGCGCUAAACAUUCCCACAUCGUUUUCCCCUACAAAAAAUACACUCACUCACACACACAGUCGAAUACAAACUCUCUCUCUUUCCCUCUCUCUACAAUGGCGCGAACCAAUUAUUCGGUUCUGCGCCACAAUAAUCCUCUCUUCGCCUUCAAUUCAAGGCCAUCUAAUUCCUUGUUCUUCUCCAAGUAUUUCUCUCGCCAAUCCAACUACUUUUUAUCUUCUUCAAUUUUCUCCUCGCCGAAUCAGUUGCAUUUACUCACGCAGUCCCCGAGCUCAUGUGCUUCAAUCACGCGAGUUUCCACCGCGCCGGUGGAGUACGCACCGCCGCCGGACCUUAGUUUUUAUAAGGAAAUUGCGAGGCUGAAGGGGCUCAGGGAGGCCUUAUCUGGCUGCCGGACCUUGACGGAGAAGUUGAGGACGAUCGACUCUGAUUCUAGGGUAAAGUCUUUUCUCAAAUCGUGGAGGAAUCAGUUUGCAGGGGUGAAUUUGAGUGAUUAUGAAUUGUUUAUGCUGAAAUGUGUUGCGGCGGCGGGGCAAGAGCACGUGCUGGGUGAGUUUGGGAGGGAGUUGGAGAGCGGAGAGCUUGAAUUGAGAAUGAGUUCUCUCAAAAGCGCGCUUUAUGCGUUGGCGGAGACGAUUGAGAAUUGGGAUGGGAAUGGCGGGGCUAGAAGCCGAGCUCUUUAUGAAGAAGAUAGGGCGGCGUUGUGGUCUCUGCUGAAGAUGCUCGGAGAAGUUGAGCAGUUCUAUAAUUGUAUUGGUGGAAUAAUCGGAUAUCAGAUUUCAGUGUUAGAGCUGCUUGCUCAAUCUACUCAGGAAGGGCAUACGCCGCAUACCACCCAUUGGAAUGGACAGACAGCUAAGUCAUUGAGAUGUCAAUUUGUGGAAAUUCAUCCUCCCUCUGUUCUUGAUCUGUCUGAAGACACUGAAUAUGCAUCUCAAGCCGCUUUUUGGGGUAUUCAGGGUUUGCCUGACCUGGGAGAAAUUUAUCCUCUAGGAGGGUCGGCCGACAGGCUCGGCCUGGUAGACCCUGAAACUGGUGAAUGUCUUCCUGCUGCAAUGCUUCCUUACUGUGGGAGAACGUUAUUGGAAGGCCUUAUAAGAGAUCUUCAGGCUAGAGAGUUCUUGUACUUCAAGUUGUAUGAGAAACAAUGCAUCACUCCUGUUGCAAUUAUGACAAGCUCUGCGAAAAACAACCAUGAACACAUUACUCAUCUAUGUGAAAGGCUUGGAUGGUUUGGACGGGGAAGAUCGAAUUUUCAACUUUUUGAACAGCCACUUGUUCCCACUAUUGCUGCUGAAGAUGGCCAUUGGAUUGCCAAAAGACCUCUUGAGCCCGUAUGUAAACCUGGAGGUCAUGGUGUGAUAUGGAAAUUGGCCCAUGAUAAAGGGAUUUUUAAAUGGUUUCGGAGUCACGCAAGGAAAGGAGCUACUGUUAGACAAAUCAGUAAUGUUGUAGCUGCCACGGAUAUAACUCUAUUGGCUUUGGCUGGAAUUGGUUUGCACCAUGGAAAGAAAUUAGGAUUUGCCUCAUGUAAACGCAAUCCUGGGGCAACAGAAGGCAUCAAUGUUCUACUUGAGAAGAAGAACUUAGAUGAUAAAUGGGCAUAUGGUUUCUCAUGUAUUGAAUACACCGAGUUCGAAAAAUUUGGAAUCACUGUUGAUUCCCAUUCUCCAAACAGUUUACAGGCAGAGUUCCCUGCCAAUACAAAUAUCCUUUACGUGGAUUUAGCUUCUGCAGAGCUUAUUGGAUCAAGUACAGAUGAGAGCAGUUUGCCGGGGAUGGUGCUUAAUAUUAAAAAAUCAAUCACAUAUAUGGAUCAAUUUGGAAUUAAACACUGUGUUCCUGGAGGCCGUCUGGAAUGUACAAUGCAAAAUAUCGCUGAUCAUUUCAGCAACAGAUAUUCUUCACGAUGUUAUAAAGGUGUUGAAGGUCUGGACGUAGAUGAUCUAGAUACCUUUAUUGUGUACAACGAAAGAAGAAAGGUCACAUCUUCUGCCAAGAAGAAAAGGCGCCAUGCUGACAAGUCUCUGCACCAGACUCCAGAUGGUGCACUGUUGGACAUGAUGCGCAAUGCUUAUGAUUUACUUUCUCGGUGUGGAGUAACAAUUCCAGAGGUAGAAGAUAAUGAAAUGUAUGUUGACUGUGGACCACCAUAUCUCAUCCUUCUUCAUCCUGCUCUUGGGCCCCUUUGGGAAGUCAUCAGGCAAAAGUUUGUGGGUGGUUCCAUAGCCAAGGGUUCUGAGUUGCAAAUCGAGGUUGCUGAGUUUCUAUGGAGAAAUGUUCAGCUUAAUGGAAGUUUGGUCAUUUUGGCUGAAAAUAUUGUGGGCUCAACUGCCAGUGAAAUAGGUGAAGCUCUAUUACAGUAUGGAAGGAGGUGUGCUAGGUGCAAGCUAGAGAAUAUAAAAGUUCUGAAUGGUGGAAUAAAUUGGAAUUCAGGAGAUAACUCAUACUGGAAGCAUGAUAUGCAGCGGUUUGAGGCCUUAAAGGUGAUACUGCAUGGAAAUGCUGAAUUCGAAGCAAGGGAUGUUGUAAUACAGGGGAAUUAUACUUUUGAUGUCCCAGAUGGCCACAGAAUGCAGAUUACCCCAGGAGUUACAGGUUUAGAUAUUCAGUUGAAGCCUAUUGAGGCGGAGUUGAUGGACAGUGGAACUUGGUUUUGGAACUAUGAAACAAGGGGAAGACACAUUGAAUUAGAAUUGAUAGAGUUAUAAGCUUAACCUUCCACAUCUUGCAGCAUGUGAAUAAUUGUUCACUGGUAAAUGCAAUGGUUUCCUGUAGAUGGUCCACCUCGCUGCUCGGUUGAACACAAGUUGAACCUGUUUGAGAAUCAUGCCCUUUUGUAAUAAUGUAUGGUGACAGUUCCUGAUGUAAUUCAUAUGUAAAUUCUUGUAAAGAACAAGGUUUAACUAAUAUAGUUGUUUUUGUUUCUCUCAGAUAUCCCUCAGAACAAAUGUAUUCCAGAUCCUUGUUUAUAUAUAUAUUGUAUUUGCUA